GUAGGGGGGAGAGGAAGCCCGAGCUCCGCCCGCGCCAUGGCGCUGGAGUCCAUCCGGUACCGGCGUGGGUCCCUCUCCAUCCUCAACCAGCGCCUGCUGCCGGAGCAGCUCCGCUAUGAGCGGGUGGAGGGAGCGGAGCGCGCCUGGGAGGCCAUCAACAGCAUGGAGGUCCGGGGAGCGCCCGCGAUCGCGCUGGUUGGAUGCUUGAGCCUGGCGCUGGAGCUGGCGGCCGGGGCCGGGGCCGGGGAUGGGGUCGCGGCCCUGGAGGCCUUCGUGGAGCAGCGACUCCGGUUCCUGCUCACGGCGCGACCCACGGCGGUGAACCUGCACCGUGAGGCCGAGCGGCUGCGGGAGCGGCUGCGGGAAUGGAGCCGGAGCCCCGGGAUCACGGCCCCGGAGCUGCGAGAGCGCAUCAUUGAGCACAUUGAAGGGCUCCUGGCCAAGGACCGAGAGGACAACGAGAGCAUUGGGGCUCAUGGGGCCCGGGACAUCCUGCGCCGCGUCCCCGCCGGUGCCACCGUCACCGUCCUCACCCACUGCAACACCGGGAGCCUCGCCACGGCUGGCUACGGCACUGCACUUGGCAUUGUGCGGGCACUGCACGGGCAGGGCCGGCUGCGGAGGGUGCUAUGCACCGAGACCCGGCCCUACAACCAGGGCAGCCGCCUGACGGCCUUCGAGCUGCUGCACGACAACAUCCCCGUCACCCUCAUCACUGACAGCGCUGCCGCUGCUGCCAUGAGGGAGCACGGGGUGGAUGCUGUGGUGGUGGGAGCCGACCGCGUGGCCGCCAAUGGGGACACGGCCAACAAGAUUGGGACAUUCCAGCUGGCAGUGGCUGCGCGGCACCACCAGGUCCCCUUCUACGUGGCGGCACCGAGCUCGAGCUGUGACCCCGCUCUGCCGAGUGGGGCCCAGAUCCCCAUCGAGGAGAGGCCGGGCCGGGAGCUCACCCACCUGCAGGGGCUCUGCCUGGCGCCCCCCGGUAUCGACGUGUGGAACCCUGCGUUUGACGUCACGCCACAUGACCUCAUCACGGGAGGUGUCGUCACCGAGUGGGGGGUGGUUUCCCCUGGGGAGCUGAGCCGCGCGUUGGCGGAGCACUCCGCUGGGGGGCAGUAAAGCGCUCGGCUGC